GUAGACCAUCGGGUGUAGAGGUUACUUAAAAAUAAAAUCUUCAAGCAAAAAUGUGUGCUUUUCAUACAUCAUGGCCCAUAAACUCCUCCACGGGGUGAUCAGUGGAAGAAACAGCCAUCCGUGUCUACACUGCAGGGAAAACUGGCCAGCAGGACUUGGGAUCAUGGCCCAAGUGGCAGCGUCUGCCCUGCCUGUGGAAAACGAGGAGUCCUCGGAGAGCAGGAUGGUGGUGACGUUCCUCGUGUCUGCUCUGGAGUCCAUGUGUAAAGAACUGGCCAAGUCCAAGGCAGAAGUGGCCUGCAUUGCGGUGUAUGAGACAGACGUGUUUGUCGUUGGAACCGAGAGAGGAAAAGCUUUUGUCAACACCAGAAAGGAUUUACAGAAGGAUUUUGCAAAAUACUGCAUGGCCGAAGGGGUGCAGGAGGCCAAGCCCCCACGCCCAGCGAACGGGAUGCAGGUCGAUUCAGGAGAAACAGAAAUACUCAGAAAAGCGGUCGAGGACUAUUUCUGCUUUUGUUACGGUAAAGCCUUGGGGACAACGGCAAUGGUGCCUGUCCCAUACGAGAAGAUUCUGCGAGACCCCGGGGCUGUGGCCGUGCAGGGGCUUCCAGAAGGCGUGGCCUUUCAACACCCUGAGAACUACGGUCUCACCACCCUGAAAUGGAUCUUGGAAAACAGAGCGGGGAUUUCAUUCAUCAUAAACAGACCUUUCCCAGGUCCAGCGAGUCAGCUCGGUGGGCCUGUGGUGGCCACAGAUGCUAAGAGAUUGGUGACCUCUCCAAGCGAAAGCUGUGGCCCCAUCAGUGUGAAAACCGAGCCCAUGGAAGAUUUGGGCUCAGCAGUGAAAGUGGCGGCUGUAUCAGUCAAGAAGGAAUCAGAAGAUCCGAAUUACUAUCGAUAUCACGUGCAAGAAAGCCAGCAUCCCUGUGCGAGCGGCGAAGUAAUAGAAAUGGAAUUACCAAUGGAAGAUUCCACUCUGCGCGUCCCUUCAGAAACGAGUGAGGACCCCGAAGCUGAGGUGAAAAUUGAAGAAAACAUAAAUUCAUCCAGUAUUACAGAUUCUGCAGCAGGUGUUGAAGAUCUUAACAUCGUUCAGGUGACCAUUCCAGAUAACGAGAAGGAAAGAUUAUCCAGCAUUGAAAAGAUAAAACAACUAAGAGAACAAGUCAAUGACCUCUUUAGCCGAAAAUUUGGUGAAGCCAUCGGGGUGGAUUUCCCUGUGAAAGUCCCCUACAGGAAGAUCACGUUCAACCCUGGCUGUGUGGUCAUCGACGGCAUGCCCCCGGGGGUGGUCUUCAAAGCCCCCGGUUACCUGGAAAUCAGCUCCAUGAGGAGGAUCUUGGAUGCCGCAGAAUUUAUCAAAUUCACAGUCAUUAGACCCCUUCCGGGACUGGAGCUUAGCAACGUGGGAAAAAGAAAGAUAGACCAGGAGGGCCGCAUCUUUCAAGAGAAGUGGGAGAGAGCGUAUUUCUUCGUGGAAGUGCAGAAUAUUCCUACGUGUUUAAUAUGCAAGCAGAGUAUGUCUGUGUCCAAAGAGUACAACCUCCGUCGUCAUUAUCAAACGAACCACAGUAAGCACUAUGACCAAUAUACCGAGAAGAUGCGGGACGAGAAACUGCACGAGCUGAAGAAAGGGCUCAGAAAGUACCUCUUGGGGUCAUCCGAAAUCGUGGGUCCAGAGCAGAAACAGGUGUUUGCAAAUGCGAACCCAAACGAAACUGCUGUUGUGCAGCCCAUAGAAGAUGUGGCCGGGAACUUAUGGGAGAAGUUACGUGAAAAAAUCAAGUCAUUCAUGGCAUACUCUAUUGCAAUCGAUGAGAUCACGGAUAUCAACAAUACCACCCAGCUGGCCAUAUUCAUCCGCGGCGUUGAUGAGAAUUUCGAUGUGUCGGAAGAGCUCUUGGAUACAGUGCCCAUGACAGGUACGAAAUCUGGCAACGAGAUAUUUUUGCGUGUCGAGAAAAGUCUGAAGAAGUUUAAUAUCGACUGGUCAAAACUGGUCAGCGUGGCCUCUACGGGCACCCCCGCAAUGGUAGAUGUGAACGACGGACUGGUUACAAAACUGAAGUCCAAGGUGGCCAUGGUUUGCAAGGACUCGGAUCUGAAGUCAGUUUGUUGCAUCAUUCACCCGGAAUCGCUUUGUGCGCAGAAGUUGAAGAUGGACCACGUCAUGAGUGUGGUGGUUAACUCCGUGAACUGGAUAUGUUCCCGUGGACUGAACCACAGCGAGUUCACCACUUUGCUGUAUGAACUGGACAGCCAAUAUGGCAGCCUGCUGUACUACACUGAAAUUAAGUGGCUCAGUCGCGGGCUGGUGCUCAAGAGAUUUUUUGAAUCGUUGGAAGACAUUGAUUCCUUCAUGUCGUCCAGAGGAAAGCCCCUGCCUCAACUGAGCUCUCAAGAUUGGAUCAAAGACUUGGCCUUCUUGGUAGAUAUGACAAUGCAUCUGAACACUUUGAACAUCUCGCUCCAAGGACACUCGCAGGUGGUCACGCAGAUGUAUGACCUGAUCCGGGCGUUCCUAGCCAAACUGUGCCUUUGGGAAACUCACCUGGCGAGGAAUAACCUGGCCCACUUUCCCACUCUGAGGUCGGUUUCCAGAAAUGAAAGCGAUGGUCUGAACUACAUUCCCAAAAUCGUGGAACUGAAGACCGAGUUCCAGAAGAGGCUGUCUGAUUUCAAACUCUAUGAAAGUGAACUGACCCUGUUCAGCUCCCCUUUCUCCGUGAAGAUCGAGAGCGUGCACGAGGCCCUCCAGAUGGAGGUCAUCGACCUGCAGUGCAACACGGUGCUAAAGACGAAAUAUGACAAGGUCGGGGUCCCCGAGUUCUACAAAUACCUGUGGAGUAGCUAUCCGAAGUACAGAAGCCACUGCGCCAGGAUUCUCUCCAUGUUCGGGAGCACCUACAUUUGCGAGCAGCUGUUUUCCAUCAUGAAACUGAGCAAGACGAAAUACUGCUCACAGUUAAAGGACUCGGAGUGGGAUUCCGUGCUCCACAUCGCCACGUGACUUAGGACACGUCUCCAGCCGUGCCCCACCAGGGGGCGCAAGACUAGAAUCCCCUGGGGCCCAGGGAUUUCGAGAUGAGAAGACGAGUGAUAACCUCUGUUUUCCAGUUUUUUCCGCUUUGACUCGGAAACGUCACUUGCAGCAUCCUACCCGUUUGUAUGACGUUUUACGCCUCAUCGUAGUGCAGUAAAGAGCAAGACCGUUUUAUUCUA